UCGUCAGACAUCCUUGGGGAGCCUGCCCUUUCAAGCAUGAACCACACCACCAGAGAUCGCCCAGUGUGCUCCUAGCUCUGCCUGCCUGGUGUAGGGUCCUGGAGACCUUCUUGGAGCUCAUCCAGCAGCCAUCAUGCAAGGUGGUGCUGGGGACUGCCCUCUUGCUAGGAGGUGGAGGUCUCAUGCUGUGGGUUCAGAGAAAGAGGAGAAGAAAGGCAACCUCUGAGUGUCCACCAGACAAGGACAAGUCACCAGAAUCCCAUAAAGCAAAGAAUGAAACCUGGAUCAAAUCCCACUUUAGUUGCCUUUCCGAAGAGAAGCUGGCCCUCAACAACAAUGCCAGCACCAGUGGCAAUGCUACCCAGACUGAGAGUGGGAGUGGAGAGGCCAGCACCACGGUUCACAUAGAGACCUUCACCACGAGGCACGGAGAAGUGGGCUCCGCUCUGCACCGGGAAUCCUUCACCAGCAGGCAGAAGAUAUCUGGGCCCUCAGUGAUCCAAGAGAUCCACCAGGAGUCUGGAAAAGCCCCAUCCACCGAUGAGGCCACGUGGGCCGCUGUGGCUGCCUGCACCAAGGAGAUUGACACCCAGGGGCGGCACCUGGCUCACUCCAUGCUGCAGCGGGCCACAGCUUACCAGCACUCAGGUCACCUGGAGUCCAAGGACAUCAACCAGGAGGAGCUGAGGGCCCUCGAGGAGGUGGAGAUGAAGCUGCAAAAGAAUUUCCUCACCCAGCGGGAAAACACCAUAGCUGGUGCCAACCACACACACACUUUCUAUGGCCACAGUCACCACAGUCACCAUGGCCACCCAAGCCACCAGAGCCACAGCCUGCCCAACCGCAGACACUAGAUCUAUGACUUCUUGGAAGCCACCUAACCAUGGAUGGAGACGCCCCUGCCCCCAGCAAGGCUAGCUCACACACACGUCUGUUUUCUCUCCUACGGGGCCAUCUAUGCAGCCCAGGGUGAGAUGCUGUGCCCAAAUCCCUACUUUCUUAGGCUCCCCACGGGGAUUAUGGGCUCUUUAAACUCCAUGAGUGGGGUCUGCCACAGAAGAUGGCCCCUGUUGGAGGCAGAGCUGGGAGGACACAGCACAGGUGAGACAGAUCCUGGGGCCUCUGAAGACCCACCAAGAGAAGACAGAUGGGAGCAGGCAACAGCCCCACACUGAUGUCAUUGCCCGGAAUGGAGCCAAUAAAGCUUUGUGUGCCUUCA